CUGGCUGCGCAGGCAUUGGCUGGGCGAACGCACACCCUUCCCCCACCCCUAGAUCUGAUGGGGGCGGCAGUGCAGACUCUGGAGGGGCGGCCGGGAGGACGCGGCGUGCGCGCAGGUUGUAGGGUUCGGGGUGACCCUAGAGGGGCGGACACUCAGAUCCGGGCGCGGAACACUUGGUGGUCUGGAAGCGGAAAACCAGGUCCGUGCCUGGGGUAGAGGCCCAGACUCGAGGCUGCGUUGCGGCCCUGGAGUAAGGGGCAGACUGAGCGGAGGCCCGGGAACCUGUGGAUGGAGGCCCCGAUCUGAAGGCCCGGGAGACCAAGACCCCACCCAGCCUGGAGCAUGUAUAGCACUCUGUGCUAGUGUCUGGUCUGAGCAGGUCUGAGGCUGGGAAGAUAACUGGGCUUUAAGGGAGUGGCCCAGGGCAGCGGGCAGAGGUAGAUCCCGCGAGGGGCAGUAUCCAUGGGGGCGUGUCCCGGGCUGCUGUGAGCCUGACGAAGGUGACAGGGCAGUCAGGCGAGUGGGAAAGGCCGCCCAAAGGUGAGCAGUUAAGAGGCUGGACCUUCUGCAGAGCAGAAGGGAAGUAGCCCUGACUCCCACACUCGCGGCCGGCCAGCCAGCCAGCCAGAGGCUGGAGCAGGCGCUGACCACAAGCCGAGGGUCUAGGAAGGCCAGGCCAUGGCCCCACCGCCACGGCUGCCAUUGGCUUCCAGUACUCCUGUCCUGCAUGGCGAGUUUGGUUCCUAUCCAGCCCAUGGCCCACGGUUUGCCCUCACCCUCACAACGCAAGCCCUGCACAUACAGCGGUUGCGCCCAAAGCCUGAAGCCCGGCCCCGAGAUGGCCUAGUCCCUCUGUCAGAGGUCUCGGGCUGUGGCACUCUGCAGAGCCGCAGCCCCACAGACACAGCAGCUUACUUCUGUGUCUACACCUACCCACGGGGCCGGCGUGGAAGCCGGCGCAGAGCUCCUCGUACCUUCCGGGCUGAUGGUGCAGCCACUUAUGAGGAGAAUCGUGUAGAGGCCCAGCGCUGGGCAACUGCCCUCAUGUGUCUCCUUCGAGGAGUGCCUCUGUCUGGAGACCAGGAAAUCACCCCUGGACUUCUGCCCCGGAGGCCCAGGCUACUCAUAUUGGUUAAUCCUUUUGGGGGGCGGGGCCUGGCCUGGCAGCGCUGCAUGGACCACGUGGUGCCCAUGAUCUCCGAAGCUGGGCUGUCCUUUAACCUCAUACAGACAGAACGACAGAACCACGCCCGCGAGCUGGUGCAGGGCUUGAACCUAAGCGAGUGGGAAGGCAUUGUCACUGUCUCCGGAGAUGGGCUGCUUUACGAGGUGCUGAACGGGCUCCUUGAUCGGCCAGACUGGGAAGAUGCCGUGCGGAUGCCCAUCGGGGUCCUCCCCUGCGGUUCCGGCAAUGCACUAGCUGGGGCAGUUAACCACUAUGGCGGGUUUGAGCCUGCUGUUGGUGUUGACCUGCUGCUCAACUGCUCGCUGCUCCUCUGCCGCGGUGGCAGCCAGCCUCUGGACCUGCUCUCCGUCACGCUAGCCUCAGGAUCCCGCUGUUUUUCCUUCCUGUCAGUGGCCUGGGGAUUCUUGUCAGAUGUGGACAUUCACAGCGAGCGUUUCAGGGCCCUGGGCAGCGCUCGAUUCACACUGGGUGCCGUGCUGGGCCUGGCCGCCUUGCAUACCUACCGCGGACGCCUCUCCUACCUCCCUGCUACCACAGAGCCGGCGCUGCCCAUCCCUGGCCACAGCCUGCCUCGAGCCAAGUCAGAACUAGCUUUGGCCCCAGCCCCAGCCCCAGCCGUCACCCACUCGCCCCUACAUCGUUCCGUGUCUGAUCUGCCCCUGCCCCAACCUGCCUUGGCCUCCCCUGGCUCCCCUGAGCCCCUACCUGACCUUUCUCUCAAUGGCGGCGGCCCGGAGCUGACUGGAGACUGGGGGGGCGCUGGGGAUGCGCCUCUGUCCCCAGACCCGCUGCUGCCCUCACCCCUCAACUCUCCCAAAACGGCGCAGCUUUCGCCCAUCACUGAAGGGCCCCCCGAAAUGCCAGUAUCCUCGGGGGCCCCGCCUCCCACCUCUACUACUCCAAAGGUCUCUACCUGGGGCCCAGCUGACCACCUGCUCCCUCCCCUGGGCUCUCCGCUGCCCCCAGACUGGGUGACGAUAGAAGGCGAGUUCGUACUCAUGCUGGCCAUCCUGCCCAGCCACCUCGGUGCGGACCUGGUGGCCGCCCCGCACGCGCGCUUCGACGACGGCGUGGUGCACCUGUGCUGGGUGCGCAGCGGCGUCUCACGGGCCGCGCUGCUCCGUAUUUUGCUGGCCAUGGAGCACGGGAACCACUUCAGCCUGGGCUGCCCUCACCUGGGCUACGCCGCAGCCCGUGCCUUCCGCCUCGAGCCACUCACGCCACGUGGCGUGCUCACCGUGGACGGGGAGUUGGUGGAGUACGGGCCAAUGCAGGCGCAGGUGCAUCCCAGUCUUGCCAAGUUACUCACUGGGCCUGCAGGUCAGAGGCCGUGAGCCUAAACAAGCCUGGCACAGGCCGAGGUGGCGGGACCAGAGCACCACAGGGCACGGCCUGGCUCUCAAGACAAGCGGGACGAAACUCAGACUAGCAAGGGUGGAGAGUGGUGCUGACCCUCCAUUCCCAGAGGGCCUAGCGGCUGAGGGUGGGGCCGGCCUUCCUUGCUGCCCAAUGAUGGGGCCUGGAAUGUAUGAGCUAGCAAGGCCUCAGCUCAUUGGCCAGCCAGGAUUCCUUCUUGCCUCCUCCGGUGCCUCCACUUGACUGGCCAAUCAGCCCAUGAGGGGCAGGUCCCCCAGGCGGCCCCCAGGAUUUGCACUAAUGGUCCGCCCUUGCCAGUGGCGGGGUGGAGAAAUUCACGUCUCAUGUGUCUCGUGUGUCCCUGUCCCUGGUCUAAAAAGCAAUUGAAAAGGUCUAUGCAAUAAAGGCGUCGCUUUCUUCGCCCCUUC